CGCAGUCCUGGGCCACAGCAUGGACCGCGGCGCGCUCCUCCUGGGCUUCGCCCUGCUGCUGGCCUCCUGCAGCCUCGGCCCCGCAGGUCUUGCAGAAAAUGUCUCCUGUGACCUACAGCCUGUGGAGCCCCACAGAGGCGAGGUGACGUACACCACCAGCCAGGUCCCCGAGGGCUGUGUGGCACACACUCCUGAUGCCGACCUAGAAGUCCACGUCCUCUUCCUGGAGUUCCCGAAUGCCGUGUCACAGUUGGAGCUGACCCUCCAGGCACCCCAGCCAAAUGGCACCCACACCCGAGAGGUGCUUCUGGUCCUCGUCACCAACACGAACAUCCUCCUGCAGCUCCAGGCCCCGGGAAUCCCUCUCCGCUUGGCCUACAAUGCCAACCUGGUCAUCUUCCAAGAGCCCCCAGAAAUCAACGUCACUCAGCUGCCACAGUUUACUACCAAGACCGAGAUCCUUGACUGGGCAGUGACAAAGGGCCCCAUCGCCUCGGUGGCCUCGCUGGCCGACCCCAGCAGCGUCCUCCUCCGGCCAGGCCAAGCCCCGAAGUCACCGCCCUUCUGCCUGCCAGAAGCCCACCAGGACCUGCCCGCCCACCUGCCUCCUCACAGGCCCCGGACAGUGACCUUGAAGGUGGAACUGAGCUGCACGGUCGGGGAUCCCGACGCGGUGCUCAUCCUGCAGACUCCGCCUUACGUGUCCUGGAUCAUCGAUGCCAACCACAACGUGCAGGUCUGGACCACUGGUGGAUACUCCUUCAAAAUCUUCCCCGAGAAGCACAUUCCUGGCACUGCGCUCCCCGAGACCCCACAAGGCCUGCUGGGAAAGGCCCGCACGCUCAACGCCAGCAUCGUGGCUUCCUUUGUGGACCUUCCUCUGGCCAGUGACGUCUCCCUGCGGGCCAGCUGCGGCAGUGGGCUACAGACCUCGCCUGCGCCGGUCCCCACCGCCCCGCCCAAGGAGAACUGCAGCCUGCACCUGCUGCUGUCCAUGAUCCAGCCCGUGUGCGCCAACGGCGUCAUGACACUGGUCCUCCUUAAGGAUCACGUGAAGGCUCUGCAGUGUGACAUCACCAGCCUGACCUUCUGGGACCCCAUGUGCCAGGCUAAGGACAGCAAUGACCAGCUGGUCUUGCGCAGCGACUAUUCCAGCUGCGGCAUGGAAAGGACAGCACACGUGGUCAGCAAUGAGGUGGUCGUCAGUAUCCUGUCGGACUCAGCACCACUGAGGAAGAAGGUGCACUGCUCCAACAUGGACGGCCUCUCCUUCCAGCUGGGCCUCUACCUCAGCCCACACUUCCUCCAGGCCUCCAGCGCCAUGGAGCUGGGCCAGCAGGGCUUCGUACAGGUGACCAUGUCCCCAUCCACUCCCGACAUCACGUUCCUGCUGGAAAGCUGUCACCUGGACUUGGGGCCUGAGGUGGACACUGUGGAACUCAUCCAGGGCCAGGCAGCCAAGAGCAGCUGCGUGAGCCUGCUGCCCCCCAGCCCUGACGGUGCCCCUCGCUUCAGCUUCCUCCUCCGUGUCUACAGGGUGCCCAUACCCACCGCCGGCACCCUCAGCUGCACUGUGACCCUGAAACCCAGGGACUUGCCCCAGGAAGUGCACAGGACCGUCUCCACACGAGUGAAUAUCGUCAGCCCCGACCUGUCCGGUAAAGGCCUCGUCCUGCCCGCCGUGCUGGGCAUCACCUUUGGUGCCUUCCUCAUUGGGGCCCUGCUCACCGCUGCGCUCUGGUUCAUCUACUCCCACACCCGUCCCCCUGGCAAGAGGGAGCCUGUGGUGACGGUGGCUGCCCCGGCCUCCACCGAGAGCAGCAGCACCAACCACAGCAUUGGGAGCACCCAGAGCACCCCCUGCUCCACCAGCAGCAUGGCGUAGUGCCUGGCCCAGAGCCCCAGGGGCCCCAGCCAGCCCUCGUCCAGCAGGAGAUGCUGUGCAGUGGCCAGCUAGGACCCACUGGCCAGGACUCACCCCAGGCCCCAGCACCUCGCCACCACCCUAUGCACCUGCCCUCCUGCCUGCCUCCCAGAGGCCAGCUGCCAGUGGGGACACCGCCUGGAUCAACUGGAGCUCCCCCCACUCCAGUGCACAGAACCUCCAGACCCAGGACCACAGAGCAAAAGACCACUGUCCCCUGCGUUCGUGUCACUGUAGACACUCGGGGCCCUGCCCUUUGGACCAAGACCGUGCACUUGGGGAACUGUGCCGGGCAGGAGGUGCGAACUCCAGCUGGACUCAGCCGCUGUCGCCAUCCAGGAGGAUGAGGCACCGGCCCAGAGCCACCUGGAGCUGGUCCCUGUGGCCUCUACACUGCUCUGGCAUAAAAACGGAAGCUGAUGGGUGCCCGGCCUGGGAGCACUGAGGGCCACGUAGAGACCACUUCCUGGCCCAUCAGGCUGGAGUGGCCAGGCCCGCCCCUUUGUACCCACCAUCAAUAAAUCAGACAAGAAUCCAGGGCCGACCUGGCCUGGGUGAAUGAAGAGGGGCUCUGGGGGGUGUGCACAAAAGAAUGCUGCUCUGGGAUGCGGCCUCAGGACAGGUGGCCAGGGCACAGCGUGUUCGGAUUAAAUCACUCUUACUGCUUGCUCACUCGGUGGUAUGCCCGUGGGACCAAGGAGGUGACAAACCAAACACUGGGAGGCCCUGUCCACGCUCACACUGAGGUUCAAAUCAGGCCCCCAAGAGCUCUGGUUCCAGUCCAGGACCUGCCACUUAUGUGUGAGCAGCUCCGGUGGCUUCUCAAAGCUAACUACUGGUCCCUCAAGAGUCCAGUUCCUGGUCUCAGCGAGGUCUGCAAAGCAGCGUGAGGUGUACGACCAACAGUUCUGGGCCAGUUUCCUGGCAUCACAGCCAGGUCACCCGAGGCUCUA